AUGGUUGUAUCCAGAUUGCACUGCAGCCAAGGGGUUUCAUUCAUCUAUUUACUCAUAAAUCUUUUUCUUGUGAAUCUUGUACAUGGAGGGGUCACCAUAGAAACAAAGCAUGCCGGAGAUGGAAAAACUUUUCCUUCUGUUGGCAAGAGCGUCACUGUGCAUUACACUGGAUAUCUAGCAGACAACGGAUUGAAAUUUGACUCUUCCAAGGACAGGGAUCAGCCCUUCAUCUUCACCUUGGGAGUAGGAGAAGUUAUCAAGUGCUGGGAUGAAGGCAUCAAGCAGAUGAGUAAAGGACAGACUGCUACCUUGCAUUGCUCAGCUGACUAUGCUUACGGAGCAAACGGGGCAGGCAACCUCAUCCCUCCCAAUGCAGACCUGAAAUUCGAGAUCGAGAUCUUGGACUUCUAA